GUAUUUAUAUUUACUUUACUUGUCCAACACUGCAAUAAUAAGGUUAAUUAUAAAGCUAUAUAUACAAGUGACUAUAUCCAAUUUUUGUACAAUAAAAGCAUAUAUACAAAACUUGGGAUUGGAAGAAGAACAAUAAUUAUUAAUGGGGUCUCCUCUAAGAGUAGCAGUGUUGGGUUGGUCAGAUACAUUAGCAGAAUAUGGGUUAUUUUUGGUGAUGGCAUACUUGACUAGAGAAAUGGAGAUCAAUUUCAGGCAUGCUGCUGCCAUUGUCAAUUUAUUUUGGGGUUUCACUGCUAUACUCCCCGUCCCAAUCAGAUUCUUAAGAAAUCGUAAACGAAUUCCCGAUCGUUGGAUGGUUCUUGUUUCGAGUUUAGCUUAUGUUCUUGGAUUAGGGUUUUUGUUCUUCUCAACCCUAGAACCAAAAGACAAGAAGACAACAUUGGUCUAUGCCUCAUUACCUCUCAUAUCAUUGGCUAAAUCUGGUUACGUAGUUUCCUUACAAAAACUCAUCAGCGAUGAAAUGGGCUUAGUUGACUCGGUCAUUCACUAUUCCGUGAGCAUUGGAGUUACAUUUCUUGUUAACAUAAUUGGAUUGACAAUAUCUUACUUAGUCAAGAAUUGGUCAACAAGAUUCAAAGUCCCAACAUUGUGUAUGGUAAUUGCAACCCUAAUUUUCUUGACUGGAUUUGGUUCAUAUGGUAGAGAAAGAACAGAUUUUUUGACCAAACUCUUUGAUAUGGUUCAAAAGCUACUCAAUAAAGUUAUCAAGUUCGUAAAUACCGUACUUGACAUAGUCGCAAAGAUUGCCUUAUGUCCGUUAAGAUUAUUAUGUUGCUGCUUUGUUAAGAAAACCCAAGAACAAUCACAACAAAGCAAUGCCACAAUUUCAAGGAUAGAAGAAACCAAAUUCAUCAUCUCAUUAUUUCCCAUAUGCUUGUUAGGUUUAAUAUCUUCCUUAGGAAAUACUUAUUUCCUUGAGCAAGCAUACUCAAUGAAACAGAAAAUAGGAUUUUUCAAGGUACCUUAUGUCUUGCUCCUAAGCAUGUACAAAUUGGCCAACUAUUUGUUCCCGAAAUUAUACUUUGACACUGUCGAUUCUUACAUUCCUUCGUGUUGCACAAGCUUAAAAAAGGUGCUCAAUCGAAUUGGAAUGGCUUUAUCACUGCUAUGCGCCUUACUAUGUUGUGUUAUUGCUGCAAAAGUCGAGAGAAAGAGAAUUGACAUAAUCGUUAACAAGAAUAUUUGUGAUCCUAAUAAAAUCACUGAGCCUGUCGAUAUGUCUAUACUCUAUCUUGUUCCACAAUUUUUUCUUCUAGGCGGGUUUUAUGGUUUGGCAUACGAAAGCAUUGAGAGGUUCUUAAAAGAUCACCAAACCCCGCCAAGUUUGAAACCCUACAUGGUUGAUUCAGCAAUUGGUGUAUUUGGUUUAGGGAACAUUGGUAGUGUCUUCUUAGUUUAUUUAGUAUAUAAGUUUACUUCAAAACAAGGUAAUAGUUGGUUUGAUAAAAAUAUAAAUUGUAGUCAUUUGGAUAAAUACUAUUGGCUUCUAAGUGUAUGGAUAGCAAUUAAUAUAGUUUGGUACUUGUUUGUAUCAAUUCUAUAUCAACCUAAGGAGAAACCAACAACAACAUCAAAUCAAGAAGGAGGAGAAGAACAAGAAGAAAAUUUGUGGAAUUCUUUGAAGAAGUUAGCCAAGAAAUGUUGUGUUUUUCUGCCGGAAAAAGUUCCUGAUUGUUGUUGUUCCUUAUGUUGUUGUUGUUGUUGUUGUUGUCCAACUUCUGGUGAUCCAAGGAAAAAAAAUUAUCAGGCAGAACAACUAGCGACAUAAAAAUAAUUGCAAUAAGGUAUCGUGUGUUAAAUAAAAGUUAUUCAAGUAUUUUUCUGUAUUUUCAUUUUUAUUUUUUAUGAGUAACUUAGUACACUUGUGUUAAAGAUCAUCAUAAAGUUUGAUAUUGUUGUUAAGAAUACAUUUUUUAAGUCCUUAAUUUGAUGUUUCUUUAUAUUAUGCC